AUGCUCAUUUCUGCUGAAUUUUUUUGCGGGCUAUUUAUUGGACUUAUUAUCGGUCUCUCUCUGCAUUAUAAAACUUACAAUCAGCUCGACAAUAUAAGCCAAAAGCUUGAAGCGAUAAUUCAAGCAAUCGAGCCAGGAAAAAUUAAAGUAAAAUCCAAACCCGCCAAACUACUCAGCGAGCGAAAAUACCGAGAGAACGUCGAAAAUCUAUGGAAAGAUUUUAAAAAAUUAUUUGAUACGAAAACUGAGCUGGACUCAACUUUCUCGUUUAACAAAAUGGCAACCGAAAUCUAUACUUUACGUGAAGGAAAAGGCAUUGCUAUCUCAACUUAA